AUGUUCAUCGCUUAUUGUCUUUACUUUAUCUUUGUUUUGCAUCUGUAUUUCUCUCCCUAUUUUCACUUUCUGUUUUCUUUUCAUUCCCAGGCUCUUAUUUGCAGCUGUUUCAUUCCUGUAUAUUGUGGUUUAAUUCCUCCUGCCUUCCGUGGUGUGCGUUAUGUGGAUGGUGGGAUGAGUGAUAAUCUGCCCCAGUCCGAGUUGAAGAACACCAUCACCGUUUCUCCAUUCUCAGGAGAGAGUGACAUCUGUCCAAAAGACAAUUCCACCAGCUUCCACGAACUGCGUUUCACAAACACCAGCAUACAAGUCAAUCUAGACAACAUGUACAGACUGAGCAAAGCACUGUUUCCCCCAGAGCCUAAAGUGCUGGCAGAAAUGUGUCAAAGCGGGUAUAAAGACGCCCUCCGAUUUCUCCAGGAAAACAAUUUGCUACAGGCGGCAUGUCCAAGAGCAGACGUGGCUUUGAUUCAGACCACGCCUACCUGCUGCUGUCCAGGCAAUAGGAAUUCAGUCGUGACAGAAACCACAAAAGAGUGGGUGCUGCGGAGACUCCGCCUCUUGAGAAAACACCACUGGUGGUUGGACGAACAACUUGUCAAUAACCUGCCAACCCCCAUUAAGAAAGUUUUUUGCGAUGCCUGCAGAGAAAAGCACGGCCUGCUGGCACAAGUGUCUGGUUUCCUACCGUUACGUGUAGCGUCCUACUUGCUGAUGCCGUACACGCUGCCAGUGGAAUCAGCGUACUCUGCAGCUCAGAGGUUUUGGGAAUGGAUCCCAGAAGUCCCUGCAGAUGUGCGCUGGCUUGCUGAGGCAGCAGGCGGUGUUUAUAGACUGGCAUGGAAAGGUGCAGCACCAGAGACAAGCAGUGGCGUCCCUUUGACAAGAUGUGUGAGUGAACCACCAAUGGUAGAUUUACAAAUGCCUGUCUCAAACUACAACGAGCACAUACCUCAUUCUGCCAGCAACCUUGAUAGUUUCAACUGGACUUUUCCGGAUUACUUCAACGCAGCUUCCUCUGUCGACCCACGGGACAGUCCCAUCAACGACACCAGCACCUCCCCUAGGCAGAUGUGCUUUUUUGUUGGCUCAGAGAAGCAAAUGGACCAAUGCAGGAUCUUUUCAGCUUAGUACAAUAUAUACUGUGCCUGAUUGCCCUGGUCAUGUCAUGCUGCAAAUUUGAGCAGUUGGAGAGACGAGCUUGGCUUGUUAAACGCUCUGGAAUCCAGCGUCGAGAGUAAAUAUACAUGACAUGUCAAACACUCCUCCUGUGACAUUUUGGACAUUAUCCAAAAGUGCCUUUCUUCUCCAUUCAGAACCAAAGCUGUGUUUGAUCUGUUGUGUCAGCCUGUACCUUGUGUUUUGCUGAUAAUUGACGCUGUUUGUAUGUCAGAGUUUACUUUGCAGUUGGUGCCAGUACUUCUCUGAGAUUUCAAAAUACUUGACAUGAGCCAUACAAGGCCAUACCACGGAGGUGUACAAUCAAAUAAAGAGUCUGAGGCCAUGCAUCUUGCAUUUGGUUUCAUAUAACAUGCA